AAAAUAUUAUGUAUGUGCACGCAGAAUUCAUUGUUAUAGUAGUGGCAGCUUUUUUAUUUUGCGAAUAUCUCGAAAACUAAAGCCGAACGGUAAUUAUCUGCUUGGUGGAAAUUCUAGAAAGUGUAAAACCGUUUAAAUUUUCGUUUUGUUUCUUAACAAAAAUUUUUAAACUAGCAAGAAGUAUUUUCCAUAUCAAGUACGUAGCAAUAAAAUCAAAAAGCAAGACCGGUUUAGCAAUAACGAACUCUCGUAUGAUGAAAAGUGCUCGCCUCUGGAUCGUGAAGCUUUCUCUGGGGGAAAAAUGGAAAGUUAGUAGAUUUAAAAAAAGAAAAGAAGUCACCUGGAGAUUAUCAAUUUGAAGAGAUUAUCGCAAUUUGCGUUUCUUAAUAUUCAUUUGAUCGUAAAUUAAUGUACAUAAAGAAAGUAUUUUAUUCUAGUCAAGAAGUUUAUUUUCGCACAUGUCUUGUAGUUUAUUUUACUUGCAAUUAAUGUUUUCUUCAGUCAAUGAACUAUAUACUUUACUUAUAGAUCAUUAAAAAUAUCACUGACAGAUUGAUUUCGUAUAGCAUAUAAGAUUCUCGUAAAUAAAAUAGAUAACGACGUGAAAAUAAAUUAUAAAUUAUAUUAAAAAGAAGUAAAUAUUAUUGACCAAGUUUGUGAAACGAAUCGGCUGGUUUUUUUUUCGGAAAAGAAUAUUAGUUUCAAAAUGGAAAUAAUUAAUCAGUGAUAUUUGUCGGUAAGUAACUUUCUCAGCAAUGUCAACGGAUCUAACAGGAAUCUAUAUAAAAAGUAAAACAAAAUAGAAAUUUCCUUGGGGCAUUACUGGGAAAGAGAGCAGAUAUAAGGAGAACCUGGCUCAUUGGAAUUCACAGUUUGCUAUUAAAUCUGUACAUUACCACAUUGAGUUUAGGACGGUUUGGUUUUUACGAAAUCGACCGUGGGUUCUUGGAGCUGUAAAAUUUGUACGUCUAACUAUAAGAGGUGUAGGUUUACUCGAGGACCUACAGUUCAUUUCACAACACGUAGAUCUACGAUCUUCGGUCAUGAAACUCUCGUCGCAAUUUGCCAUACUUUUAUCAGUAUUAUUGAUUACUACAACUGAAGGAUUAUUUUUUGAGUACCCAAAGAAAGUUUUGAGUGACUUUAUACAUUCACUAAAAGCGAAGAAAGAAGCAAAGAAAAAACCAUAUGAAAUACAACAUUAUCAUUAUCAUUAUUAUCCAGUAAUAUAUUCGCUAUCUGACCCGCCCACAAAAGCGCCUAAAAAGUACGAAUUAGAAAAGAUUCACAACGAACAUCUCGCAACACUUGGAUGGUCCAGUCACGAGUACAAAAACAUUCCCGAACCUAAAAUAAAAAUUCUUCCGUAUUCAUUCAACUCAUGGAAAGAUUCUUUACCAUGGGAAUAUAAAACUUUAGAAACGGUGAAUCACGACAUUGAUAACGAUAUACUUAUGCAAGUUCCAUUCAGUCAAAAAAUCGUCAUUGAACAUUCCAACUUCGAUGAAAAAUUGAAAAGGAGCAUACUAUAGAAUUGGUAUCACAAGAUCAUAGAUUUUGAAGAUUCUAUGUAUGUAUUGCGUAAUAAAAAGGAAUCACUUAUACGGUAAAAAUACUGAAGAAUUUUACUAAAUGAAACCGAAUUUACACUGAAAAUAUUUAUAAUUUUGGAUCAGACGUAUAAUUUUAUUUUAUUGCGUUUAUUAUCUCGUAUCUGCUCAGAGAGCACUUUGUAGGAUAUUUCCAAUAACGCUUAAUAAUAGAAGGAUGGCGGCAAUUUUCUUUUUUCUAUACGAAUUUUUGUUGUUCCAACAUAAUCUAAAUGGAGAUUUGAUGCUAGUUUCUCCAUGUACUUAUAAUCUGUUAAGCGAACGACGUAACUUCCCAUUAGUUUUCUGCAGU